AUGGUUUAUAAAAUUAGAAAUAAAUCAUUCUUUUGGACCAGAGCAGGAUGGAAGAAUAACUGGCAUCCUAAAAACUUUAAUGCUCCUCGUCCUUCCAGUUCAGAGUUUACAAUCGGCAUUAGAUGCAGAUAUGAUCAUAACUCAUUUUUAAGAGCUUAUCACUCAUAUAGGAAGAUCUCAAGACAUUGCAAACAAUAUUUCUUUGGCAACAGAGAAUUAGAAGAAUUAUUUCAAAUGGGUUUGAGGACUUUCUUCAUCGUUCCACAUAUUGCUGAAUGUCAAGUCACAUAAAUUAAACAUGGUGGUGAAAGAAGAAUGGUUGAUUAAAUAGAUAGAGACUUUGAGUUAGUGUCUUAUAACUCGCACCCUUAUUAAUUAUUCACCUACACUGUUUGGAAUCAAUAUUUAGCAAAUCAAUAAGAAGCCUAUGAAUAAAGAAAGAAUGGAGGUUAAGCUAUUGAAGAUUAAGUUAUUGAUCACAUCAGCGAAUUAGUGAAAGAUGAGAAGAGCAAAUUGGGUCCUGGAAAAUAAUUAAGCAUAGAGAAAACAGCUGAAAUCGUGAUGAAUGUCAUGAGAUAAUUAAGAGCUGCAUAGCAAAGACCAAAUUUGAAUAAUAGACGAGCAGAUGGUGAAUUCGAUGAUUUCUUAGAAUAAAGAAGACCCUUCACAGCACCCAAUAAUCAAUCAGCAACUCAUUGAGUAAUAAUA